UUGGUCAGAGAUUUCCAAUAUGCCCUUUCGACACUUGAUUGUCUUAGCAACAACAUUGCUGGCAUUGAUGCAGAAGUUGUGGAGCCACUGGAACAGUUAAAGAGCGUGGGUAGUUUGUUCGACGAGCUGGGGCGCUGUAGUGAAAAUGUGGAAAAAUUGCAGCGAAUGUUGCAUGCUCCUGAACGACUAGUGCAGCAUGUGAUCGCCACACCGGCAGAUCUUCACUGCCGUAUCCAGCAACUACAAACGGCCCUUGUGUGCAAAGAAAACAGGCUGAAUGAACGCGUUAAGCUGCGCAGCUUAUUGCCUGAAAUACAUUUAAUCACGGAAAGUGUACAAAGUCGUGCAAAGCAAAUUGAACAGGCCCUAAUGAAUACUGUGGAUGAGCAGAACGCUGCAUUGUGCGAGCUCGAAGCAAAAAAACGACAGCUUGAAAACCUUGCCAAGAACAUCCCGUGUGGUGCCGAAGGUGACGAGUUGCGUGAAAUGAGUAAUUCGCAACUGGGUCUACUUAACGAUCUGUUGGUGCGCUUGACCGCUGCAGUUGGAGGAAAACUGGCAGCAAUUUCUGCUUUCAAUGCUAUGAAAGAUGAGGUUGUUGCACAGUUAUCUUCAUUAGAAAUCGUACCAGCAGUGAACGAAGGUGAUGAAACCGCAUAUGAACUUGAGUGUCGCAUUCAAGAUUUAAAUCUUCGUUAAGU